AUGGCGAAUGAUUUGUUGUUGAUUACUUUUAAAUCUUGUCGAUUUUCAUCUGCAAUCAAAGUGAUUUAUGCUGAAACAGAAAUCAAGCUCACCGUUCAUAAAAUCAUUGAAUUUGCUUACUCAGCUUUAAAGAAUACUUCGUCAAUGGAAACAUUAUAUUUGGAUGAAAUUUGGAAUGUUGUUCGUUGUUAUUUGACAACCACUAUGGAUUGGAAUGAUGAUAAUUUUGAAUUUUCAAAUGUUGAAAGAAGAAACAUCGCGAAUUUUAGCAAACGAAAGAAGAGGCAACGACUUGAAGAUUUGUUUGGUGAUAUUUAUGAUAUUGAUGUUGAUCCAAUGCACAAUGCGAAACUUUUCAGAAAUUAUGAAUCCGAAAAUCAGUUUACAAUGAAACGGCGGAAAAUGGAACAAGAUUUUAUUUUGCCUUGCUGA